GCCAAGCAUCUAAUCACGUGGGGUACCUUUUUUUAUUUGUCUCCUCUUUGAGUAUCCUAUGCUUGACUUGAACCUAGUCUUGCGUAACCAAUCCAUCUUCUCCCGGGUUACUUUACAAGUUUUGAACUGAAUCAACAUAAGGGGCCUCUCAUAUCAGAACCUCGCUUUGCUCCCUUUCGUUGUGUUCUCCCAGCUAGGAUCCCUCAACUGUUUUUCUCGGCCCCGAGCAGCUUAAAUCUAUAUCUAAAAUCAUCAGAAAUGGACACUGGUUCGAGCACGCCAAGCCUGCUGAGUACAGUGCCGAAGGAUCUAUCAGCAGCAUUCCUGCGUGAUAUUACGGAUGGUUUUUCCACUGACAGAGAAAUAGGACAAGGGGCGUUUGGAACAGUUUAUAAGGGAAUCCUCCCAGAAGGGGAUUGUAUUGCUGUGAAGAAGCUUGUGGAUGAGGACAUAUAUGACAAACAAUUUCAAAAUGAGAUUACGCAUCUUAUGAAUGUCUGUCAUGAAAAUAUUGUGAGGAUAGUUGGCUUCUGCCAAGAACGUGAAAAGAAAGUUGUGGAGCAUAAUCGAAGAUAUAUUAUUGUAGACUCAGUUGAAAGAUUUAUCUGCUAUGAGUAUUUACCAAAUGGGAGCAUUGAUAAGUGUAUAUUUGAUGAUACACUUAAUUGGGCUACACGCUUCAAAAUUAUUAAGGGGAUCUGCCAAGGUUUACAUUUCCUACAUGAGGGAAUGGAAACACCUACAAUUCAUAUGUCUCUUCAGCCUGCCAAUGUAUUGUUGGAUGAUAGAAAGGUGCCUAAAAUUACAGAUUUUGGUUCGUCGAGAGUCUUUGGUCGUGCUGAUAAAUCAAUGAUGAUCACACAAAACCCUGUGGGAGUAAUUGGAUACAUGGCUCCAGAAUAUCUUUAUAGAGGUGAAAUCUCAACCCAAGCAGACAUAUAUAGCCUAGGCUUAAUGAUAAUCGAGAUCACAACUAGGAAGAAGAAUUAUUCAGACGAUCGAGACAAGUCUGCCCAGAGAUUUAUUGAUGAAGUGCGCCAGACAUGGACGGAUGAUGUGUACAUUUUAUCCAAAUACUCCCAAUUGGAUGCAGGCUUACUGCAAGAAGUAAAGGCAUGCAUUCAAACUGGGCUUAAGUGUGUGGAUAUUGAUCGCAAGAGAAGACCUUCCAUAUCUGAAAUUGUUAGACUGCUCAAUGCUGCAUGGUAAACGGUGGACGAGGUCUACAUAUAUACCGUGUUCGCAUCAUGAAUAAAAGUUGUCAUUGUGGAGAAGACAUGGCCAAGAUGAAAUAAAGCAUGCUCUAUUAUUUCUAGAAGACCUGAACUUUUCUAUCACAACUAAGAUUCCUUUGAUGUAAUUUCAUUGUGGAAGCUACAUUUACUCCUCUUUUGGAGAUUGACACUCCAAAAGUGAUUUUCGAAGACACCCCAUUUACG